AUGGCUCUAGAUCGAUAUAUAGCAAUUUGCUACCCAUUUCGCUACCAUACUAUUAUGUCAAAUAGGAAUAUAGUAGUUCUGAGCCUAGUUGUCUGGAUUUUCGCUCAUGGUGGCAAUAUUAUGAUGGUUGUCCGGGCUCUUCCCCUGCCUUAUUGUGGAAUUAACACCAUUAUACACUGCUAUUGUGAUCAUGUAUCUAUUAUACGACUUGCAUGCACUGAAGGGUCUCUGUAUAUUUUUCCAGCAUUAGUUUAUGCCAUGGUGGUAUUACUGGGAUCUCUUGCCAUUAUUCUGGUCUCCUAUUCCUGCAUAAUUUUAGCUGUCCUAAAAAUAUCACAAACACAUGGGUGGCUAAAGACUUUUUCCACGUGUAGUUCUCAACUCAUUAUAAUUGCACUAUUCUUCUUACCUAGGUGUUUUUAUUACAUGGCUGCCUAUAUGGGUAUCAUAUUUAAUGCUGAUUUGCAAAUUGCCAUAAUUAUGGUGUAUAGCCUGCUACCACCAAUGAUCAACCCUUUAAUCUACUCACUUAAAAAUAAAUAAGUCCCACUCUAA